UAGUUAUUAGAACCGAUGCGCGCGAUCAUAUCGGGACAGGAGUCGCACAGUGUUUUCCCGCGCUCCUCUCGGCUAUCAGAUUACCUCCCGCACCCUUCUCUGUCAGACAUGUCCCGAAGCUUCAUUGUGGUGGUAGCGGCGUGCGCGCUGGCUGCACUCUGCAGGUUGCCCGGCUCCACCGCACAGGCGCUCGCCCCUCAGUAUGACUCAUCAGCAGCAGCAGAAAGUGCGAGCGGCUGGGAGGCGCUAGGUGGACUCUACGCACUGCUUGCACAACACGAUGCGCUGGGCGGGCACGCGCUCGCGCGCAAGUCCGUGCGCUCGCCUUCACGCCGCCUGCGCUUCGGCCGACGUUCGGAUCCCGACAUGCCACCUCAAGCACCACUGGACGAGAUGGAGGAGCUUCUGUCCCUGCGCGAGAUCCGCACGCCGGUGCGCCUGCGCUUCGGCCGCCGCUCCGAGGAACACGCCGUGCCACAUAUUUUCCCACAAGAGGAGCAGGACCGCUCGGCCCGCGCCCCCUCCAUGCGCCUACGAUUUGGCCGUCGAUCUGAUAACAACAUGUUCUUGCUGCCCUUCGAAUCAACUCUGCCCAAGGAAGUGAAGGCUAGCGCGGAGGAGGACAACAGGCAACAGGAUUAAGCGACAUAUCCGUUCUAGCUAUAGAUACCCCCUCCACACACCCCUACUAUCGAUAAGGAAAUAUUUACCUACGACAAACAUUCUACGUGUCAAAUAUUAAAUACCUAUCAAUUUUUAAAUGUUAUUCAAAUACUUCGUAAGUUUAUGUACAUAUACAUAAUAAUCAGAUAAUUUUAUUGUUGUUAGUUAUGGAGCCGACUUCUGUGUCCUAAUUCCAGUGUUUUUGUUACGGGUAGUAUUAAAAGUUCCACAUAGUAAUUAUUUCAUCACUAUAAACUUUAUUGGUUUUCAUAAAUGUCAUAGUAGAUACCGUUGUUACUCUAGUCAAUGUUGUAUUAAGACUGUAUUUUAGUUUAAGUUUCAUCCGUUGAUCGCUCUCAUAGUUUGUAAUAACAAAAUAUAUAUAUUUUCUUGCGAAGAGUUGUACAUUUCAUGAGCUGGGUAAAUGUAAAACUGCUUCGUUCGUAGGUACUACUAAUAUUAAAAUAAUACUCGCCGUCACUUGUCAAAACAAAAUGCUAAUGUUAUAUUUUCAUGUCGGGAAAAUUAGGUAUACUAAAUGUAGUAAAACUAUGUUAAUUUUGUAUAGAUAUUAUAGUGCAAUUGAUGAGUUGAAAUAUAAAAAAUUGCCAACAUA